AUGGCGCCGGCAGCAGAUCAAUUCUCUGCACCUGGUGCAGUGAGCUAUGACUCAAAUUCUCAAGUCGUGGGAGAUGGAACAUGGGAUUUCGAGAAGAACACUUUCCUAUUGCCCAAUUUGCAGGGUACCAACUUCGAGACCACCCGCUACAAUGGCAUGGGAAACAGAUUCUCGACUCUUACUCAAUAUCAAGGCCUUAUAUUGGCACACGGUCUUCUGGCUGUCAUUGUCUUCCUUUUCCUUAUCCCUUUCUCUGUCAUGACUGCGAGAUUCUAUUCGCGACGUCCUGGCUGGGCCAUUAAGUAUCACGCCCAGUUGAACGUCUUCUCUGUCUUGCUCCUGGUGCCUGUUUUCAUUCUGGGGUACUUCGCAGUCGGUCCGCAAAGGAGCCUAACUAAUCCGCAUCAUGGAAUUGGUGUGGCCAUUUUUACUCUCUUCCUGCUCCAGGUAUUCGGUGGUUGGAUCGUUCGCAGGAUAACCAAAGCUCGUUCUUUGCGUAUCAUGGUUCACCAAUGGAUGGGUCGCUCAAUUGCUCUCCUGGGUAUUGCUCAAAUCCCCCUUGGCCUUACAUUGUAUGGAUCGCCGCUCUAUUUGUUUAUCCUCUACGCUGUUUGGAUGUUCAUCCUGGUUAUUUUGUAUUUCAUCUUGAGCUGGCGAUCUAUCAACCAGCGAGACUACUAUAUGGAUGGAGCUCGAUCAGAAGUCCGUUCAGAGAUGCGGUCAGAGUUGGCGCCAACGGAGGAUACUCGUACUCGAUUGACUGAAUCUGAGUUAUUCUCAGAAUACAAGUCGGAGCCUCCCAAGAACAAGAUGAAGUGGCUAGGCCCUCUUGCCGCUCUCGGUGGAUUGGCUGCCCUGGUACGAGGGCGAGACAAGAACCGAAAUCUAGACAACGGGAGUCGAGUUCGCAGUCGAUCUCCUUCGCUCGAUCGCAGCCAGAGACCAGAAGUCGUUGCUUCCAGGAAUGGCUCAGCCAGUUACCUUACCGGAUAUACUGGUGAAAAGUACUCUGACGUUACCAGAAAAGACAACGCAGAGGGCGGAGGUGGCGGUUUCGCAAAGGUCUUGGGCAUCCUAGGACUAGGAAAGCUUUUUGCCAAGAAGAACCGGCCGCAGGAUGAAGACUAUUCAGAAUAUUCUGCUGUGUCGACUGAAACCCCGAGACGCCACCGUGCAACCCGCAGCGCUCCAAGCAUGAGCGAUGUUACUAGAACUGACAUCACCACCAGCACCACGCCUGACCGUAGAAGAGACACAGAUGCCCGCGGACCACCACCUGUAAUGUCACAGAUGAGAAGCGCUGCUGAUGGUACCGAAACUGCGCUGAGCUCACCUCCGCCAUCUGUCAACCCCCGAAGCAAGCGAUACCCGCCAAACUCUCGCCGCAGUGUGUUCGAAGAGUCGGAUUAUUCAUCUUAUGUCAGUCCAUCUCGACGCCCGCAGCCUGAGAAGUCUGGCGGUGGCUUUGCUAAAGGAUUGUUGGGAGGUCUUGGUUUCGGAUGGUUCACAAAGAAGAUGGCAGAUAGGAAAGCGGCCAAGGAAGAACAGCGCCUGCGUGAUGAAGAGGACCUCAGAUCCGGCACCUCACUUUCCAGGUUUACAGCGGACCCCUACGACUCUCCCGGCCGACGAGAUGAUCGUCGUCCUAUCCAACGUCGACAAACAGGUUACCCUCCCACUGAAACGGUUUUGUCUACCGAGAUGUCCGAAUCAACCAUAGAGCCCCGACCUACUCGAGGCAACUAUGUUGACCCUACUGAAAAGGAUUCAACUGUCAUACCAGUCGGACGCGCAGGAAACCACUCAAGACGCAAUAGUGAGCAUGUCUCGAUGCCCGCGAUGCCCCCCGAUCCUCGCGGCAUCUUAGCACCAAUAGCCCAUACUGAAACAACUGCCUCAGGUUUAUCUCCCGGAUCUCGAGCCCAGCGAUCUCGCCAAGGAAGAGACGACGACUCCCAUUAUGACCGAUAUGCGUCACCCGCCAGUGUUAGUGUAAAGAUGAAGGUCCAUGACGACAAGGACAGGAACGUAACCCUUCGACGACUUACGGAGGAAGAAGCGAAGGCAGCCCGCGGCCGAAGAGACUCCGCCAGUAGCAUUUCCGGACUAGAAUCUCCCACACAAGGCCGCCGCCGGUAUCGACGAGACUCCAGUCACAAGCGAGCCGAGUCAAGGGCCGAAGAGAAUGACGAUAUAGCUUCCCUGGCCCCUCCUAACCCCACCUUUGCGAAGCAGAAGCGACGAGGCAAAGACUCGGCGUAUUAUUCUGGACAACAGGCGCCAUCAAUAGGCAACUCACAGUUUAAUCAGACCGUAUCCAGCUUAGCAGAGAGUCACGGUACCUGGAGUGGCAUCACUCCCUCUGUGAAUACCCAGCCUCCUGGACCCGCCAUUGGAGGACCAGCCGCCGAGGGAUCUGCUGCCGCGGAAAACCGACGAAAUCGACGACGACUUGAGAGGAGGCGUGCCAGCGGACAGACUGCAGAUGCGCCUACCACCAACGCCGACAUGUUCGAUUAA